CGCCAUGCGCGUGCAGGCCGCCGCGCGCGCCGCGCCGCCCGCGCUCGCGGACUCGCUCGUUCCGAUGCUGACGCGUCUGCCGCAGGACUACGUGCCCGUGGCGCUUCUGGAGAGCCUCCGGGAAGCCACGCCUGCCACUCUCGCGACUCUCACCGAAGAUGUGUGCGAAGCGUCCCUGUCGGGGCAGCUGGGCGGCUGCGACGAGGCGUGCGUGGCGGGCGCGUGGCUGUGCGCCGCGUCGCUGGGCGCGCGCUCGCGCGGGCUGCGCCGCCGGAGCCGCCGCGCGCUGCACGCGCUGCUGGGGCAAGACCUCUUCGCGGACCCGCACGGGGUGAGCUGA